AUGAUGGAUAUCUUCUCCAGCUUCGGAUUCACAGGUGGAAGCUAUGCAACCUUUGCGGUCCAAGAGAGGCUAGCUGUCAACUCAGAAUCAGAACCUGAGUCAGAUACUAGCAAGCACAGUGUGGAGUCCAAUGCAUCUGCAAGUGAGAUGGAGCCAGUGGAGAGCGUCGCUAAGGCUUUAUUUGGAGAAGUUCCCACAGUUGCUGAUUCAGACCACCAGAAAAGGCCUCAUGAGAGACAACUGGCUGCAGAGGCUCGGAGCUCGUCAAAGACUCCUCCUCCACCCAUUUGGGGCUCACAGUAUAGGCCUUUGAAUGCAAGGGGGGAAAAGCUUGCAGCGGAGAUCCCCAUGUGGGACCCAAUCAUGACGAGCUCAUCAUUUGAGUCGCAUGUUCCCACCACACAGACUAACAAGAACCACAGGUCCAAAUCUACAGUACUCGAAGAUGAGCUUGAAGACAACCAUAGUCUCAAAUCUGAGCUGUACAGUGCCGAUGAAUCUCCGAGUCAGGCUGAGCUCCCCAGCAUCCAAUCCAAGGAAGUGUCUCUUCAAGUUGACCCUACAGCGUCUCUUGUUUACAUGAAGACUGGGUCACGUGGUAUUCUCGAGGUCAAGGCAUACAUUGCCUUUGAGCAUGGAUACCCUGAAAUUGCGGCAAGGAAUGUAUAUGCACAGGAAAUACUGCUGAAGGCCGCACGGUACCACAAUACAGUGCCGAUUGAGAAAUGGAUGCAGAUUGAUGAUGGCUAUGUGUCAGCCCUCACAAAUCUAAUCGAUGCUCGUGCUAGUCUAUUUUGCAGCGAGAUCAAGGAUGUGGCUAGCAAGAAUGUUUUAGGUUACUUCCAGCUCAGUGGUGCUGCCAGUGACGCAAUCCUUGAUCGGCUUCUUGCCAAUCAUUCAUACAUUUUUCCACAAACAUUUUAUGGUCUUCCAUCGCUGAACCGACAGAAGCCAUAUCAAAUGCAGCCUGUGUUCCUUGUUUUAUACGAGGUAUUCUUCAAACAAUUGAGGUCCAUCGGUGCACAAUUUGGACAGCGCUUCCUCGAUAUUGCAAAGAACAAGAGUGGUCGCCCACAGAUCCCUAUCCCCAUGAUGGCUAUGGUCUGCACCGCUAUUCGUGCCAUCCUUCUCGCGAAGAAGAACAGGUCGAGUGAUGAUUUUAAGUUCACCGGUAACCAGUUUUUCGAUAUCUAUACUCACCACGUGUCAUUGUUGGAGAGGAUUCAGACGACGGCACCCGUCAAGUUCCACAAAAUGAUGGCUGAUAUAUACGAGGAAGUCAAUCGCUUCCGUCACAGCAUUACUGGAGUCUAUGAUCAAGAUGAUCAAAGCCUCUCAUUUUUGGACUUGGAGGGCAUGGAGGACGAGUAGAGUGUUCCGACACGGAAACAUCUGAUUUUCAAAGCCAUCGUCUAGUAACCGUAUUCACGUAUAUCUAACCACCGCUCGCUCAUUUCGUCGCACCUAUUUCACCGAUAUGUUAUUGCAUUGAUACCCCAUUUUAAUAAUGA